AUGGACAUGGAUCAGAAGCCAUUCGUCGAUUAUGGCAGUUAUUGCUAUCCGACAGCUCAGGAUUUCUCGGCUCGAUCACAAGUUUCACCAUAUUUCUACAAUUUUUCCACCAGCACCGCUUCAACCAUGUAUUCUCAACAACCGGCUCAUUUCAUGUAUCCACAAGCGGCCGCCAGUUCACCGGAAGAUCAAAUGACGACGAAAAUUAUCGAAGGCGGUGAGGUGAAAAUUAAUGGCAAAGGAAAGAAGGUCCGAAAACCGCGCACUAUCUACUCUAGUCAGCAAUUACAGACGCUUCAAAAGCGAUUCACCAAAACCCAAUACUUGGCCCUACCGGACCGAGCCUCUUUGGCCGCUGAACUCGGCCUUACCCAAACCCAGGUGAAGAUCUGGUUUCAAAAUCGUCGCUCAAAGCAGAAGAAGUCGAAAGGCAGUGUGGAACGGACGUCGGAUGAAGAAGGGGAAUCCGAGGAUCGAGCCGAUUCAACUCCACCCGAAGAAGGCGGCUCCAACAAUACCCUUACCGCUCGGCAGGAUCUUCGCGACUCGUCUUUUGGUCCUUCCAACCUGCCAUCGACCGUUCUACCACCGCAGUCUCAGCAAACUGCCGUACCGCCAUCGGGUUUAAUGCCACCGCCGUUGAACACCCCCUCUAUCCACUUAUGA